GGGAAUUUGAAUGAAAGUGUUUGUUGAUUUAUGCGAUUGAGACAGUAUAUUUUUCGACAGAGGAAGCCGACUUUUUAAGAAAUGUUUAUCCUUCUGGAUUGGUUUACAUAUAAAACGAUUAAGCAUCUUGGAUUUGUUGGGGCAGUUUGAGUUUUAACAUUCUACCAUCAAUUUAAAUGAUUGUUCCAGAUUGCACCAUUUCUUUCCAAAUAAGGAGAACUGAAUUUUAAAUAUAGCUGAAAGGAAUGAAUGUUAGAUCUUCAAAUGGAUCAACUAGUCGUUUGAUUAAUAACCCAUGUGGUAUUCUUGCUGGUCUUAUGGCUGAAGAGAGGCCAAUCACUAUUGAUGAAGCCUGUGCUCUAAGAUAUUUACUUUUUGGAAGUUUAAAAAAAUCUUUUAGUAAUGCUUGGACCGAACAAAGUUUCCAUUUUAGAAGUGUGCCUCCUUAUGGAUUUAUUCAGAAAAAAGCUGGACCAUGUGGAGUUUUAGCUGCUGUUCAAGCUCAUGUAAUUUGUGAAUUACUUUAUGGUGUCUCACGCAUUAAUGCAGAUUCAGGAAUUGUUAAGCUAACAUUAAGUGAAAAACGGGAGGCCCUUGCACGAGCUAUGACUUCAAUACUGUGGCAGGCAGGAGAAAAUAAAAGAGCAAUUGUAGCUAAGAAGCACAACAGAAUUGUUUUAAAUUCUUCAGCGGUGUCAGAUAUUUUGGAACCAGAUGGCAUUCUAGAAUAUUUACAACUUAUUUAUUUUGAAUGCAAAUCAUGUCUCCUAGAAUAUUACAUCAAUUUUAUACCCGAGGUUUAAACAAGAAAUGGAUUGUACAGAUAGCCAUUUGAUUGGAACAGAUGGAUAUUGUUCUCAGGAAGUUGUUAAUUUAAUGCUGACUGGAAAAGCCGUACCAAAUCUGUUCGAUGGAGUUGUGGAAUUGAAUUCAGGUGGUUCAGAAACAACAAUUCUUCGAGGUUGGAAAUUACUACAAAAAUCCUGUUUACCCAAUAUGGAUAAUGCUUGCAGAUAGUCAUUUCACAGUCCUUUUUGCUUUGUCAAGAAGUAUUUUGAGAAAUAAAAAGAAACAAG